AGUUCUCAGAAUCUCUCCACUUCCAAGUCAAACUCUCUUCACUGCAAAGUUCUUCUUCAUUCUUUCCUCUGAAGGCCGUGAACAGAGAUGAUGUGCUCGAUGCUGCUGUGGGCGUCAGUGAAAACAGUUGGGCUGCUUUUUCUUGCCUUAUCAGGGUCUCUGGGUCAGAAUUGGCGCGUGACUCACAUCCCAAGCAAGAUAUGCACGCUUCAUCACACCUCUGUGGUGUUACCCUGCAAACUCACUUACCCUACUGGUGAAAUGGUCACUACUUCAGUUUGGCACUAUAAGAAGCAGACGGAUGCGGAGCCUGUGGUUGUUCCUGUGGUCCAGGAGUUUGGAGAACAUGUGGAGGACUGCUCUCUCACGCUGAAUAAUAUGACGCAGGACAAUGCUGGCAUCUAUCAGUUCAGCUUCACCACCGACAUCUCCACACAGAACCUGACCAAUGAAGACGGAGUAACGCUGGAGAUUACAGACCUGGAGGUGGAGAUGGUGUCAAAGUCAGAUGUGGUGUUAGAGGGAGAAUGGGUGACGCUGGUCUGUGGCACCUGCAUCCCUUCCAUCACUCUACCAACCUACAUUUGGCAUAAAGACGGACGCCCACACAGCCGCACACAUGGUGUCAACCAGCUGGACUUAGAGGAGGCCAAACCGGAGGAUUCAGGCAGCUACUCAUGCUCCAUAAAUGGCCAUGAAGGCCUGCUCUCCUCAGCUGUGAACUUCACGGUCAAGUGGCCUCCAAAGAACGUCUCAGUGUCCAUCAGCUGGUCUGGUGAAUUAGUGGAGGGCAGUUCAGUGACUCUGACCUGCAGCAGUGAUGCAAACCCAUCUGUGAAGAUCUACACCUGGUUUAAAGAAGGUGAAACCUCAUCUGUAGGAUCUGGACACCAGUACAGCUUCAGCUUAAACCCCAGAAGUGAUGGGUUGUACUACUGCGAGGCUAAGAAUGAAUAUGGAUCUCUGAGAUCAGCCUCAGUGCUUGUUGUUUUAAAUGCAGGUUACACCGUGAUUCUGUAUGUACCUGUUGGUGUUGGAUUUUGUGGAGUAGUUGUUAUUGCUAUUGCUAUAGGUUUCUGCCUAAGGUGCAAGAGGCACAAGCAGAAUAGAAAGCCAGACAAGCAUGAUUUUCAGAAUGCAGGCCAAAAUGCCAAAGAUGACACAUACACAGCUCUUGACCUGACUACCAGGACUAACGAUAACGUGUAUGAAGUGCUCGGAAAUGUUCAUCUUAGUCCUCCUGUUGACGCAUGCAUAUCGGGGCACUCUGACUACGAGAAUGUUGCAAAUUUAGACAACAUGAUGAAUACCAAUCAGUCCUGAUACAAGGUGAUCCUCAACUAGUUGUCAUGCUUCUCAUUCACCUGACCAGAGACUCGACCUUCAUCUUACCUUUUAUCACUGUUAGAACUCAGCUAUGCAUACUGCACAUUUAACUUUAUAUACAGAUAGAAGAGGUUCUCAAGGUUUGUGGCUGGACAGUGACUUUUGUGACAAUAUUGGAAUAAAAAAAGGAAAAACUAGGAAUGUUUAAUCCUAGUCCUGGAGGUCUGCUGCCCUGGAAAGUUCAGAUCCCACACACCUAACUCUAAUGUUUAAAUGCCCCUUCAUUACCUACAACAGGUGUGUUAGGCUAGGAGUGGUAGACCUUCAGCACAAGGAUGAAGCAUCCUUGGUUUACAUGUUUAUUGCAGCCUACAUUUAAGAUGUGGUUAAGAUAAACAGGUGAAUGUUGUGUAAUGGAAGGUAGCGACCUAACACCUAAUAUUGAAAUAUUGCAUUGAGUGUGAAACCAACUGCACUCACAGUCAAAGGGGAGUCUGUGCCUUCAUAUUUCUGCUUGUAAAUUCUUCAUUAUUGCUUAUUACAUGAAGUAAAGAUUAACCAAUAUAGCACUUGACUUUUUGUUUAUAUUGUUAUUAUUAUUAUCAGAUUAAGCAGUAUUAAUACAAUUUUUAACCACAGUGAGAAGAAUGUGGUCAUCAGCUUCCAGUAUUGUUCCAAUGUGUGCAUUGUGUCAAUUUGGUAUC